AUGCCUUCCCGAAAUUGCGUUGCCCAGCUGGAGCACCCACAUCAAGAUUGCAACGACGACAACACCAGCUCGGCGGCGGAGGAGAGCUAUCUGUCCAAAGGCACCGCGCUGUAUAUUAUUUCCGCGCAUGACUAUGGCCGCGAGAGCUCGCUGAUUCCGCUCCCGGCCUCGCGCGACCCUGACGCGUGCAACCAUCGAACAAAGUCGACCGCUUCCAUUCUUCACCGCAUUGGGGCCCCCGUGCGCUCGUUCCCCCAGCGCCAGCCGCGCUCUCUGAUGGCCACCCUCAGCUACGCCCAGCAGCCGGCGCACCCGAUGCACGCCAUGGCGUCCUACGAGCUGGAGCCGCCGGACCUGACCAACUCGAAGUCGUCCAAGUCGUCGAGCUUCCACUCGGAGACGCUCUCCGACUACAUGGGCCCGAGCGACCUCUCGCACUUUGAGGAGAUCAACCUCGACGACGUCACCGGGGGGCCCGAUGCCUUCCCCAUGUCCGCGGGUCCCGGCCACCGCGUCGUCUACGAGGCCCGCAGCAUCUCCUCGUCGUCGCUCUCGAGCAUCCGCAGCACGCCGCACGCCCACCCCGCCCCGCAUUCCUUCCGCGACCUGACCGGCAGGAAGCCGCAGCAUCUUGGCCUGAAGGGCGCAGCCAACCAUGCUGCGCGGCCGCACCCGCAGCAGCUGGCCCCGGGGAAGAUGCGCCGGGGGUUCACGUCGCCGUCAGCACCAUCGUUGCAGACCAUGAACCUCGCAGCACCGCGGCGCUCGUCACGGUCGCCCUCGCCCUCGAGUACACACACCACAGCACCCCGCACGCUCUCACGGAAAAGCUCGCGGACACUGGAUGUGCUCCCUUCGCCCUCGAUCAACUCCUGGAGACAGUCCUGGCAGGAUGCAAAGCGGAAGACAGUAAAGGAGAGGGAGGCAGAGUGCGACGACGAGGACGACGAGCUGCCGGAGGACGCUGUUAUCUGGAACAUACCCAUCUCCCCACGACCUGCUCAGGAGCGGUCACCUGCGGCAUCCACAGGCGGCAGCCCACCGCAGCCCUCACCAAUUGGCAGCGCACUCAGUGCUGGUCCUUCGUCAAUGACGACGUCCCCAGCACCCAGCUCACGCGUCCCGCAACCGCAUUCACCGAAUACCGCAGGCAGCACCGAAUCACCGCCCACAUUAGAAAGACAGCGGACGCACACAUGGCAGGACACGUACGGCUCCCUCGACCCAGACGCGAAGAAGCUGACAGAGGCACUGGAAGAGUUCCAAGUGGAGUUUGAGCGGAAGCAGGAGAUCAAGCGACAGCAGCCAGGCCUUGUACGAUCCAACUCGUUGAGUGAGCCGGAGUCGAAGUCGAAGAAGCCCACAUUACCACCCAUCCGCAAGAGCGAUCCCCUAAUCGACCCGUUCCAGCCGUCCGCUGAGAAGCAGAAGUACCUUUCACGCACUCGUCCCUCGUGGUUACCGCCGAAGAACCCGAAGGAGGAGAAGAAGCACUUGAAAGAGUAUCAGCGGAUGCUGGCACGGAUCGAAGAAGCUGAACGCCUUGAAGCUCAGCGAACCCAAGACGAGGCCCUUGCCCGCGAGAAAGCCUCCCGCAUAAAAGCAGACUACUGGUCGAAUCUGUUGCUUCCCAACUGGGCCACUGAAAUGACAAGUCCCGAACUUCGCGCAUCGCACAGGAAAAUGUGGUGGAACGGAAUUCCUCCACGGUUGAGAGGGCAAGUCUGGUCAAAGGCAGUAGGGAACGACCUCGAGGUCACAGAGGGCACCUUCCAGAUUGCGCUGGAAAAGGCACAGAAGGAGAUUAAGCAAUUCGACACUGAAGCACUGGAUGGCCGCUACGCACAGAUUCUCGAAAACACUCGUGCAGUCUUCCCCGAGCUAAAGAUGUUCGCCGCACCCUCCACACCCACUGCAAACGACGAGCAACCGCUCCACCAAGACCUUGUAAACGUCUGCCUCGCAUACGCAACCUACCGCCCCGACAUCUCCCACAACGAAAACGGCAUCCACCACAUCGCCGCACUCCUCCUGCUCAACCUCCCCGCACCACAAACCUUCAUCACCCUAUCGAACCUCCUCAACCGCCCCCUCCCACUAUCCUUCCUCGUCCACGACCCAAACGCCAUCCACGCCGCAUACUCGACCACGCUGCACGCCCUCGCGAAGAAAUCCCCCAGCCUCGCGACGCGACUGGAAGGCCUCCGCGUCGAGCCGCGAGACUAUCUGUACCACAUGUUCAGCAGCCUGUUCUGCAGUCGUCUGGGCGUCGAGCAUGCAACACGCGUCAUGGACGUGUACGCCAUCGAGAGCGACAAGAUUCCGCCGCGUGUCGCGGUCGCCAUCCUGCUCGUGCUCGAAGGCUGCUGCAUGGAGGGCGAGCCGCGCGCCGUCGAGGCCGUGCUCGGCGCGAAGCCGAUCGAUCUCGACGUCGACGAGUUCAUGGCGCGCGUGUACGAGGCGGGCAAGAUGGGCGCUUGA